AUGGGUAAGGACAUAUUCACGGUCAAAUCUGCAGGGUCCCAACAUAGACCUGGGAUCUACCGUUCUAACUCCUCACAUUAUGCAAUUUCAAUUGCAAACUCGAGAAUUGUACCUUAUGACGAAAAGGGAAAUCCAUUAUCUCCGGAUAAUUCUCAAGAUGCCUUCGAUCCAGAGACUUUAGAAAGAGGUCUUAAGUCUAGACAUGUGCAACUUAUUGCCCUUGGUGGUUGUAUUGGUACUGGUUUAUUUGUAGGUACAGGUUCCGCAUUGCUGGCCUGUGGUCCAGCACCAUUGUUGAUCUCUUACAUGAUUAUGUCGAUUGUUAUGUUUUUCGUGAUGAACAUGUUGGGUGAGAUGACUACUUUCUUACCAUUGCCAGGUAAUGGGCCCCAAGCUUUCGUCACCAACUACUUCGAUUCUUCGCUUGGUUUUGCUACUGGUUGGAAUUAUUGGUAUGCCUUCGCCAUGCUUGUUGCAUCUGAAGUUACUGCUGCCUCCAUUGUUAUUCAAUACUGGACCACUAAGGUUAACGUUGCUGUGUGGAUCACAAUUUUGUUGAUUGUUAUUAUUGCCUUAAACAUGAGUUCGGUUAAAUACUUUGGUGAAGCUGAAUUUUGGUUUGCAAGUAUUAAAUUGAUAGCCAUUACUGGUUUGAUUAUUGUUGGAAUUGUCAUUUUCUUUGGUGGUGCUCCAACCCACGAUAGGUUAGGUUUUAGAUACUGGCAAAGACCUGGUGCCUUCACAGAACAUUUGACUGAAGGUAACACUGGAAAAUUCUUAGCAGUUUGGACUGCUAUCAUUAAAUCUGGUUUCGCCUUCAUCUGUUCUCCAGAAUUGGUCUCUGUUUGUGGAGCUGAAUCUGUUGCCCCAAGAAGAAACAUUCCUAAGGCAGCUAAUAGGUUUAUCUACAGAUUGGCAUUCUUCUACAUUAUGGGAACUUUAGUUAUUGGUGUCAUUGUUGCCUACACUAAUGACAGAUUGUUAAAUGGUAGUUCUGAUGCUUCUGCUUCUCCAUUUGUCAUUGGUAUUCAAAACGCAGGUAUCAAGGUAUUGAACCACAUUGUUAACGCUGUUAUUUUGACUUCUGCUGCAUCUGCUGGUAAUUCCUUCUUGUACUCAUCUUCAAGAACCUUAUUCGGUUUAGCUACUAACGGAUUGGCUCCUAAGAUUUUCACCACUGUCAAUAGAAUGGGUGUUCCUUAUUAUGCUGUCGCAGCCUCGUGUCUUCUUGGCUUCUUGUCCUACUUGAAUGUUUCCUCCGGUGGAGCUAACGUCUUUACCUGGUUUUCAAACAUUUGUACUAUUUCAGGUUUCAUUUCUUGGCUCGCUGUGACCUUAGCCUACAUUAGAUGGAGAAAAGCCAUUGCCUACCAUGGAUUAUCUGAAAGAGUUACGUACAAGACUAUUUUACAACCAUAUGGUGCUUACUUUGUUCUUAUCUUCAUUGGUCUUGUUACCAUCACCAAUGGUUAUGCAGUGUUCUUUGACUUUAAGGCUUCUGAUUUCAUUGCUGCUUACAUUACUUUACCAAUUUUCCUCGUCUUGUACGUUGGCCACAAGCUUUAUAACUACUUUGCCUUAGGUAAGACUGAAUUUGUCAUUCCACUUGAACAGAUCGAUUUGAUAACUGGAUUGGAUUUGAUUGAAGAAGAAGAAAGAAUGACACCAGAGAGAUUACCAUCUAACUUCAUGGAAAAAAUUUGGUAUUGGAUUGCUUAA